CAAUGGGGUAGAUGGGAGUUAGUUUACUAGACAAUAGUACCAAUUAAUACCAUUGAGCAGGCACUGCUGUACAUUGAUGUAGAGUUGACAGUAGAAGAAGAAGGAGGAUCUGAAAAGAAAAGAAAAGGAGAAAAAAAAAAGGUGGGAAAUGAAGGACUAGCUAUAGCUAUAAAGUAUAAACACACCCACACGAGUCUCACCACCUUCAAACACGUCUCUAUAGUCUCUCCUAUGCGUUAAGUACUCGCCACACCAGAAAGAAAGAAAGAAACUCUGCAUGUCUGACACAAAUCGCUUCUCUCUCACUGUGUGAUCUAAGACACGACAAAGGACAAACGCAUCCUCCGUUUCUCUUCUCUCUCUCUCUCUCUUCCUUGCUGAAUGAACAUGGUUUUUUCUCUGUCCAUUGGCUCUUCUGCUGCAUUGCCCCUCAGAUGCACCUCCAAGCUCACUUCUUUCAGGGUUGCUUCUGCUGAUGCCGAUGGCUUCCCUUCAUUUCUCCCCAGAGAACUUCACACCAUUCAAGACCCUUUUGCCAGAAAAUUCGCCUUGCGCAUUCAGAGGCUACCCGUGCCUGUUAGGUUCUCAGAAAAUCCCAUCAUGAGUAGUUGUGUGAAACCACUGGUGCAGACCAAGGAAACCCCAGUUGUUCUUCUACAUGGUUUUGACAGCUCAUGUCUAGAAUGGAGAUAUGUAUUACCAUUGCUUGAGGAAUCUGGUAUUGAGACAUGGGCCAUUGACAUUCUUGGUUGGGGUUUCUCUGAUUUAGGAAAACUUCCUCCCUGUGAUGUGGUAUCCAAGCGUGAUCACUUCUACCAGUUUUGGAAGUCUUACAUUAGAAGGCCAAUUAUAUUGGUUGGACCAAGCCUUGGCUCUGCUGUUGCCGUUGACUUUGCGGUCAAUUAUCCAGAAGCUGUGGAGAAGCUUGUUCUGAUUGGUGCUAGUGUAUAUUCUGAGGGAACUGGAAAGCUAGCAACCUUACCCAGAGCAGUAGCCUAUGCCGGGGUUAAUUUAUUGAAGAGCCUUCCGUUACGCUUAUAUGCCACCUAUUUGACCUUCACAAAAAUUUCCUUCAGCACCAGCCUUGAUUGGACUAAUGUGGGCCGUUUGCAUUGUUUCUUGCCUUGGUGGGAUGAUGCUACUGUGGAUUUUAUGACAAGUGGUGGUUACAAUGUUUCUCCAUUGAUAGGAAAGGUAAAACAGAAAACACUGAUAAUAUGGGGUGAAAAUGACCGCAUCAUCAGCAAUAAGUUUGCAGUGCGACUCCACUGUGAAUUACCUGAUGCAAUUAUACGCCAAAUACCAAAUUGUGGACAUCUUCCUCAUCUGGAAAGACCAGAUUCUACUAUCAAACUAAUUGUUGAAUUUGUGCAAAGAGAGAGCAAGACAUUAAGUCAAUGUGUUGCACAAGUAUGAAGAUUGAAAAUCAGUUGGUGAUAUAUAGAACUAAUUAAGAAUGCUCCUUCCCUAUUUAGAGGAAGAUAGAAGCACUGUUGCUGCAGUAGCCUUAUAUUGUUAAUAUCAUAUGUCUCUUAUAUUAUAUACUGAUAUUGACUCUUUUAAAUGUUAAAUGAGUUUCACUUUAAUUGUUGGCUCAGUGAAAGAGAAAGAAGAAAAGAAACACAUUACACACCUUUCUGAUAUUUGAAUUAUUUUCAGUGAAUAGUAUUCUUCAGUGGCCAUCUUUAA